UUGUCAACAACGCAUUACUUAAAGGCAGCAUUUUUUAAUUCUAACAGAAGCUUGAACAGCCCCUGGGCAGAAUAUUUCUCUGGUAAUGGAGGAAAGAGACCAUCUCAAGAUGCCGUCUGAAGACACUGAGUCACCUUGGUCUUGGAUUCCUCUGAUGAAAGAUCCUGGCUGGAUACGAAAUGUCUGGACUUGCAAUCUGAAUGCACAAACCAUGAAUUACGUUGGGCAGUUAGCAGGCCAAGUCUUUGUGACUGUGAAGGAGCUCUAUAAAGGAUUAAAUCCUGCCACAUUGUCUGGGUGCAUAGAUGUCAUCGUUGUCCGCCAGCCUGAUGGGAACCUCCACUGUUCGCCUUUCCACGUGCGCUUCGGAAAGAUGGGAGUUCUGCGUUCGAAGGAAAAAGUGGUUGACAUAGAAAUCAAUGGAGAACCUGUGGAUUUGCAUAUGAAAUUAGGGGACAACGGAGAAGCAUUUUUUGUAGAGGAAACUGGUGAUGACCAGGAAGCAAUUCCGUACCACUUGGCUACAUCUCCCAUUCUUACGGAGGGAACAGCUCUCAUGGAGUUACAGCUGAAGAGAAACUCUGUGGACAGGUUAAGAAACAUGGACACUGGAAGCAGUUCACAGCUACCAACCUCUGUUUUGUCAUCUGCUGUUGAGCCAACUCCUUCUAGUUGUUCUGUGAAGAAAAGGAGGAAACGUAGAAGGAGAUCAGCCCACAAAAUAGACACUUCAAAAAGAGAUGAAAAUGACGAUACCACCGAAGAUGAAAACAUGUUCCCUAUAGAAAUCAGUUCCGACGAAGAAAAUGAGCUUUUAGACAAUACAAGAACAUUUGCCUCUGAUCUGUGUAGAGAUGAAGUGAUUGAGAUAAAUACGUCUUCAAUCAAUGUGCUCCCACACCACCAUUCGGAUGGAGAAUGGUCCCCUUCACCAAGUAAGCCCAGAAUUUGCCCAGGGAAGUCCUCUCAUCUUACUGUUCCAGCAGAUGGAGGCUUAUCUAGUUCUUGCCCUCAGCAGUCUUCUCACUAUCCUGCUACAGAAAGUCCUUCAGGUUCACGGCCCCCAACGCCUAAAAGUGAUUCCGAGUUAGUCAAUAAAUCUUUGGAAAGGGGCGUCCAGAAGAAUAAUCCACAAAUGCAUUGGGACUGGGGCGAACUACCUCAAGCCACAAAGACUGCUAUUCCGCUCAGGCUAAAAGAAUCCAGCUCUGUGGUGAAUGUGAAUCCUUCUGAAAGCACUCACUUUCGAGUCAUUCAAAACAAUGUUCUGGAGGAUCUUCAGAGUAGUACUCCCUUACCUGUCCUCGAACAGGUGGAUGCUGCGCUGACUCUGGAAGAACCUGAGCUUCGAGAAGGAACACCUGAGAUAAAUGAGCCAAAUGUAGAAAUGUUAGGGGCAGCUGCACCUCCACUCCCUGCAAAUGAAGAAGUCAAGCAAGCUAUGGCUUGCUUGGCACAGCCAACAAGCAGCAAAACCGAUUCUCCCUCCAGGAAAAAAGAUAAGCGCUGCCGACAUCUUGGUGCUGACGGUGUUUAUUUAGAUGACAUCACAGAUAUGGAGCCAGAGGUUGCUGCACUCUAUUUUCCUAAAAAUGACGAACAGGCCGCCCAGUCAAAGGUUGCGAGUGAAAAUGUACCCCGCUCAGCGAACCAGUCCCCUCAGACAGUCGGAAGUUCAGGUAUCGAUAGCGGCAUCGAGAGCACCUCAGAUGGAAUAAGGGACCUGCCGUCCAUUGCUAUCUCACUUUGCGGGGGACUUAGUGAGAACAAAGAAAUAUCUAAAGAAAAGUUCUUAGAACAAGAAGUAAGUUACCAGCAGUUUGUGGACAAUCCUGCUAUUAUCGACGACCCUAACCUUGUGGUGAAGAUCGGAAGCAAGUACUACAACUGGACUACAGCAGCUCCUAUUCUGCUGGCCAUGCAAGCGUUCCAGAAACCUUUGCCAAAGGCCACUGUGGAGUCUAUAAUGAGGGAUAAGAUGCCAAAAAAAGGUGGAAGAUGGUGGUUUUCAUGGCGAGGGAGGAAUAGCUCUAUCAAAGAGGAAACGAAGCCCGUGCCAGGUCUGAGUGGAAAAGAAGAGUUGAACAUUCAAGACAGAAUCAAAGAUGAGUCUUCUUCAAGUGAUGAAGACCCUAGAGCUUCAAGUCAACCCUUUGCAUCAUCAGCAAACCCUGGUCAUCUUCCAUUAUUGUCUGGAGUGGGUUACAAAAAGACCCUUCGACUCAGUUCAGAACAGCUUAAAAGCCUGAACCUUAAGAAUGGCCCCAAUGAUGUGAUUUUCAGUGUUACAACACAGUACCAAGGGACGUGCCGCUGCGAAGGCACCAUUUACUUGUGGAACUGGGAUGACAAGGUCAUUAUUUCUGACAUUGAUGGCACAAUUACGAGGUCAGAUACUUUAGGUCAUAUUUUGCCCACUCUUGGCAAAGAUUGGACACAUCAAGGGAUUGCCAAAUUGUACCAUAAAGUGAGCCAAAAUGGGUAUAAGUUCCUAUACUGUUCUGCACGUGCGAUAGGAAUGGCAGAUAUGACCCGAGGAUACUUGCACUGGGUUAACGAACGAGGAACAGUGCUGCCUCAAGGUCCUGUAUUACUGAGUCCCAGCAGCUUGUUCUCAGCUUUCCACAGGGAAGUAAUAGAGAAGAAGCCAGAGAAGUUUAAAGUUCAGUGCCUAACGGACAUCAAAAACUUGUUUCAUCCCAGCACAGAACCAUUUUACGCUGCUUUUGGCAAUAGGCCUGCUGAUGUGUAUUCAUACAAGCAAGUGGGAGUUUCACUAAACAGAAUAUUCACUGUUAAUCCUAAAGGAGAGCUAAUUCAAGAGCAUGCAAAGACCAACAUCUCAUCGUACGUAAGGCUCUGCGAAGUGGUAGAUCACGUAUUUCCCCUGUUGAAAAGAAGCCAUUCUUCAGACUUCCCCUGUUCUGACACCUACAGUCAGUUCACAUAUUGGAGGGAUCCGCUGCCACCUUUUGAAAACCAGGAGAUGCAUCCUCAUGUGCCAUAAACGGCUUCUGAACCUUCUUGGCAGCAGUUCGAACGCUCUUCGGUGAUGCACCUGGGUUUUGCCAUUUGCAGUUCACCCGGAGUUUGGGAUGUAGUGAACAUUUUGUUUAAAUGUGCAGUUCAGAAAUUUCUUUUUUUCUUUUUGUCCUGUAAAGUAACAUUUCUGAAUGUCACGCUCCCAGAUCUCCUGCAGCAGCAGGCUCAAGAUACAUGCCAUAUAGUCUUAUUACAGAAGGGCAUUUCUGAGUGCCUUGAUGAUGAUGAUGAUGAUGAUGGGAUUUCUAGAAAGCAAUGGGUUUUCAUUUUUCCCAUGCCGGCUUUUUUGUGUGGGAUGUGGUUCCAGUCUGAGGCAUCACUUAGGGUCUUCCGGCCCCUAGUUUUCAGGUAGAGGAGGAAGACAGAACUCGAAACCUCUGAGCGGAAAUGCCUGCUUUGACUAGAACCGCCACCCUUUGAUCCACAAAGUAUGAUACAAUUUAUUGAACUAAAGUCAAUUGGUCUACACACUCUACAGCUAGUCUAUAUAGCACACAGCUAUCGUCACUAUUGCUGUACUAGCUUGAACUGGCUGAGUGUGUGGCUCCCAGUUCUAUAAUGCCAAUGUGGAGCGGCCAAACUGGAUUUUAAACUUGAGGGUUGUUGCUUUUUGUUUUUAAAAAAGCUCUUGUGGCGUUUGCAUAAGAAACAUUGCAGUGAAGCUCCUUUAAAAUGAACAAAAGAAGGGGGUUAAGCAGCAUUGAGUGCUGCCUGAUGCGUGUGCAUGUUGGUUGAUUCAUCUGGAUCAAGGCUAUAAUUUACAGUAAGAAAAGGAUUGAGACUGAAGCUGCUGUUCCUAUUCCACAUCAAAUUGUGCCUGAAUUAAGGAGUAAUUGGACAUGCUGGUUGUUUUGCAUUACAAUACCCUUCAGGCCAUUUCAUAUGAUACAAUUGCUCCGAUACCUUAUGCACCCUUGAGCCAACUGGGCAUGACAUACGUGCCUGUAAAUUGAGAGCAGGCCCAUUGAAAUAAAUGGCCUUAGAGGUUAGUCAUGACUUUGUUGUUUGCCAAUCAGUAUGUUUCCCAGCAAAAUGUACUGAGGUAGAGACCUGGGCCUUCCCACGUCACUGCUUCUGUGUGUGUUCACCAUGAAAACGGGUUCCAUUGAAAUGCAUUUGUACCAUUCUCGGCAGGUACACGGUACAUUGGUUUCCGUCCAUAACUGCGAAAAAGAAAAAGAAAAAAGCAUUUUCAGAAGUGGCCUUUAUUUGCUUGAUAAACUUCAAGGGAGCUGUGUUGCUGGGCCAACACUUUUUUUCCAUUUGCACUAUCUGUUGCUGUGAUUGAUAUGCACUCCUUUGUUGAAUGGGGAAGUAGAAGGAUUUCUCUUGCUAUGGAUCUCUCCCCACAACUUUAAUAUAAUUUGAGUGCCGUAUAAUACUACCAACUGCCACCGGGAGUUUUCUUUUUAUGUUUCAAUCUAUGUCUUUUUCUUCUCUGCAUGAUUGCAACAGGUCCUGAUCCCCCCCCCCCUUUUUGGUAGCUGAUGGCAUUUGACUGCCUUGAGAUUUAAUGGUAUGCAUUACAAGUGAAUGUUCCAGGUAAUUUUUAUUUUAUUUUUCUGAGGAGCUGCUUUUUACAAGUUGCCAGCCUUUGUUAAAAACACAGGCUUCCACUCGCCAUAUGCCAAAUAAUACUAAAGCAAAACAACAAAGAAUAAUGUUUUAUUAUAUUUUUAAAGUUGCAUUGUUUGAAAUAAUAUUUAUUUAAUCAGGUCAUUGGCCUGAUUCAGCAGACUCUUCUUGCAUCCUUGGGGGUUAUUAUCUGAUGAUAGGCCAGGCGUGAUGGUGCCAGAUCUGUGGGUUGCUCUCAGAUCUCUUUAAAUUCAGGUUUUUUUGGGGGGGGGGGUGAUUUAAAAACAAUGAAGUUGCAGGCAAAAGAACAUUGAUGAAUUCUCCCCCCGAAUGUGCUUCCCCUCUGAAGCUGGUUUGCCCCAGCCAUUUUUCUCCUCCUGUCCUUGGAGAGCAGAAGUACUGUAACCAGGAGAAAAGCAACUGGGAAGGAGCCAUUUUGGAAGCCACCUUCAGAUACACCCCACCCUCAGUUUCUUUUUUUAAAUCAGGAGGUCCUCCGUUCAUUCGGGCAGGUUGUACGGCCAUAAUAUGUAUAAAGAGCCUAACAUUGUCAUCUCUGUAUUCUGCCUUUCAAAAAGAUUGUAUUUCAUGAUUAUAGUUUUAAUAGGUCAACGGUAAAGAAAACAGUUCCCCUUGAGUCAUAAUGAUUAAGUCACAUUACUUUCUUCCUUUAGCAUGUGCCCUUUUUAUUCGUACUAUGUUAUAGGGGGGGUAUUGUACCAGUAGUACCGCUGGUGAGUUAGGGACUUCCCCUGCAUGCGAAGACAGGCUCUGGCAGACUGAGCGGGUGAGAUCAAUUGUGGGCUCAAUGGUCAAAACUGCAGUUUCUGCCUCUACUACUGACGUGAGGUGCAGAUGGGUCUCAUUAACCUGGGAAGGUAGCUCAUCUAGGAGAAGGGAAAAAACUGGUCCUAAACCUCCGUUGCCCUUGUGGGAUAACUUUGGGAGAGUAAAAGGCUAAGGAGUACACCCUACACAAAUAUGGAGCGGAGACCCCUAAGAUUGCUCUGCUUUCCUUUGGACCACAUCAGUGAGGUAGAAAGGGGGGGGGGUGUUCUGACACCUCCUUACUCACUGCCCAGGCUUGGAAGACACUUUGGUACUGCUAAUGUAACAAUUUGCCUUCACCCCUGGAGAGGCAUACCAUGGUCUCUCUCGAAGCACUCGGAUGCCAACUUUCAAUGGAAGUUCACCAGGAUGGGUAACCUGUUCCGCUGGAUUCAGUGACUUAGGCUGCAAUUCUGUACCCUCUACCCUGGGAAUAGGUCCCCCUGAAGCCAGUGGAAGCUUACUUCUGAGUAGAUACGUAUACGGUUGUGCUGUUUGUUCCAGCUCACUUUAGCUGGAAUUGGCUCCAAAUGCUGCAAUCCAGCACACAGUUAAAUAUAUAUAUAUCAAUAUGCCUCACUCUGUACUGGAUUGCGGCCCUAAGUCUCUCUUCCUCAUAUCAGCAGUACUUUUGCCACUGGUAGUGAAAAUGAAAUUGGCACCAGAGAGAAAUUAGUAGCACUGUGAAACUGCUCUUUUACAGUUCCCACUAGAAACUCAGUGGAGUGACUUCACUUUGGCUUCCGUGGUCCCGGGUCCUGCCAAACAAUUACCCUUCUAGGUUUUACAGCACAAACCUUAUGCAUAUUUACUUGGAUGUAAGUCCCACUGUGUUCAAUGAGGCCUACUUCCAGGUGUGUAUAUCAGAUUGCAGGCUGCAGUGCAGUUCUAUACAUGUCUUAUUAGAAGUAAGCUCCAGUACUGCCCCCCCAAUAAGUGUAUAGGGUUGUAGCCUUAAUUCUGGAAGACAUGUAGCCCCCAUCUAGUUUUCGAAUAGCCCCAUGAUUAAGGUGUAUGCAGUAUAUAUACAGAUGGUGACCAUUUUGCAUGGGGGUUCUGUUCCUGGCCCCUGUCUGUGUUGGCGAAGCACCCAUAAGUCCACCCUGCCCCACCCCUGUUCUGCCCUCUUCUGGGUCCAAAAGGACCCAUGCGCCAGCGGUCCCGUGUCAGUUGGACACAUGCAAAACUGUAUUUACAGAGUCUGGUCUCUGCUUACAAGACACAGAGUCUUCCUUUGCUGGGGCAGGAUGCUAAGUGCUUCCAAAGGAGUGUGCUUGCCUUUAUUAAAUUUACUGGUCCUCCAUGAGCCAAAGGGGCACAACACUCUGAGCUAAAACAGCUACAAAAUCCCACUGAUCGGCUGUUUGACUGGGAAGAAGUGGGGCUGGCUAGGACACCUUUCCAAACAGGUGACCAACAGAACUGUAGCAUUAGAAAAUAAAAUUCUCUUGUCAUUGGAGUCCAAGCUGAGGAGGGGUUGUGCAUACACAGGCCUUGUUUCCACACGGGGUCCCCCUCCUUUUAAUGCUGAGGUACAGGCACGGAAGCCUGCUACUUUGUGCAUCUUGCCCCGAGCUGUGGGAACUAGCUCAAGCAUUUUCUCAGUCAUUCAUGAGAAUGCACCGAUUCCCACAGAAAUGAAUUUGGAGAAUAAUUGGGUGCAUGUGCACAGCGGCAAAAGCUUGCCAGUGCUGCAUAGAGAAGUCCAGGCAUUGAUCUGAUAAAUAGUGGAAAUUUAGACUGUCAAAUUUACUAAUUAAGCAACAUGGUAUACAGUUUUUAGCUUCCAAAUCUCUGGCGAUGUUUUAUAAACAAAAAAACUUCAGCUUGGGAACCUAAAAAGCCAUAGAUAGACCACCUGCAAGGAUAAGAGGUAUCAGCUUUAGAGAGACAUUUCUCCUGUUGCAGACGGACCCAUUACAUGCUGAACUGUAAAAACGCAAUUGCCAAUAUUUGUUUUUCCAGUGGUUUAGAACAUACUGGCUGUGUAACCCAACUAGAGUUGAGCAAUUCUGUACCACGUUGCCUUUAACGGGCAAGUUUCUUGACUAUCACAGAUGAGUUAAGCUCAGCAGCACUUAAUGUGGACACUGUGUGUGUAUCCUAGCUAUUUAAGGAGGAGAUUUUGAGUUUUGUAGUCACUUAACCCUUGACAUUAUUUAUAGACACUCACAUGCCACAAAAUGUUCGUUUUUGAGGACCCCAAUUGCCUUCCAGCUGACCUGGAACUGCUUGGGUCUGCCAUGGUUAUAAGUGAUAAUAAAUUAUCUCCUCUAACUGCAUUGGGGUUGUUACCUAAU